CUGGGGCCUGAGCCCGGGGCCAUGUCUGCACCGCCCGCCCUGCAGAUCCGGGAGGCGAACGCGCACCUGGCUGCCGUGCACCGGCGCGCGGCGGAGCUGGAGGCACGCCUGGAGGCGGCGGAGCGCACGGUGCGCGCCCAGGCCGAGCGCCUGUCCCGCCAGGACCAGCAGCAGCGCACGGCCCUGGAGGAGCUGGGCCGCGCCAAGGACCGGGAGAUUUCAGCUCUGCAGGAGCAGCUGCUGGUGUCCGAGGCCUCUGUCCACAGCCUCCAGGCUGCCUUGCGCCAGCGAGAUGAGCUCAUAGGGCAGCUGCGGCCUCGGGCUGAGCUGCUGCAGGACAUCUGUCGCCAGCGGCCCUCCUUGACCACACUGCUGGCUGCCCUGGCCCAGGCUGAGCAGCUGGGGCCCGUGCCGGACAAUGACCCCUGCCAUCUGCUCCCCAGAGGACCUGGCCCGCCCCUAGCCAACAGCACUGGAGAGGAAGGGAGUGAGGAUUACCUCGAGCCUGCGGUGUUUGGGACCACGGUGUGAACCCUGGAGCACAGGGUUGAAGAACCAGACAUAGAGGAAGUGCCUUUGGGAAUCACCACUGUGGAAAUCACAUCCUGGAGGGCAUGCUGGGGACACAGCCAUCGUCCUGUCCAAACAUGGAAAGAAGCAAAAAGCCAAGUUUUCAUUUUUUAAAUUUUUUUCUGCAGUGCUGGGGAUUGCAAAAAUGACUUUUUUUU